AUGGCUGAUUUCAAAUCCAACGACAUCCAGCUGCAGUCAAGGUUCAGCCAUCCACCAGUCGUAUACGAUAAUCUUAAAGAAUUAAGUACCCAUAUAAUGCUUAAGGUCCCAGAGCAUCAAGUUGCUGGACACGAAGCUCGCAUUGGGCAGCUUGGCCCCCUCAUUGAUGGUUCAGGGCGUUUCUACAAGCCUCUUCAGGAUGAUGACCGGGGCUCGAAAGAGGUGGCAUUUUAUACCUCCUUCUCGUCGAAUACGAGGGUUCCGGAUCAUGUACGAAAAUUCUUUCCUGUUUUUCAUGGAACUCAGCUUUUAAAGGCACCUGACGGAUCUGGCCUUGUGCCGCACCUUGUGUUGGAGGACGUUGUUUCAAGUCGUUCGCUUCCAACGGUUAUGGAUAUCAAGAUUGGUUCUAGAACUUGGUAUCCUGAAGCUUCUGAGGAUUAUAUCCAGCGGUGCUUUAAGAAAGAUAGGGAAACUAGUAGUUUGUAUUUGGGUUUUAGGAUUUCUGGGUUGCAGAUAUAUGGAAACGAAGAAUCUGGAUUGUGGAAGCCAGAGAGGAAACUUGUGCAGAAACUUAAUGCAGAUGAUGUUAGAGUGGUACUGAAGAAGUUUGUUUCUUCCAAUUCGCCAGCUGAUCUGAAUUUGGAACCCGAUUGUUCUUUUGCUUCUAGUGUUUAUGGUGGUUCUACUGGAAUUUUGGCUCAAUUAUUGGAGCUAAAGGCAUGGUUUGAGGAUCAAACCAUGUACCAUUUGAAUUCUUGUUCUGUUCUUAUGGUGUAUGAAAAGGAGAGAGUGUUAAAAGGAGGGAGUUCAGACGCUGAAGUUAAACUUAUUGACUUUCCUCAUGUUACGGAAGGCAAAGGCAUUAUUGAUCAUAAUUUCUUGGGAGGGCUUUGCUCUUUGAUAAAGUUCAUCUCGGAGAUUCUUACUAGUCCUGAUGAGUGUACAACCAAAGUUUGCUUGCAGGACUCUGACAAGAACAACAAGGAGAUUCUAACCAGUCCUGAUGAUUGCACAGCCAAAGUUUGUUUGCCCGACUUUGACAAGAACAACAAGGAGAUUCUUACCAGUCCUGAUGAAUGCACAACCAAAGUUUGUUUGCAGGACUCCGACAAGAACAACAAUUGUACUGAAAAUGGUACCAACGAAGGAAUUAAUAUUUCUAAUACUUAG